AUACUGUUUUGCUGGUGGGACUUUUAUUAUGAAAGACAACAAAAAUCAUCUCGUCAUCCGGAAGUUCAAGCACACUGUUUCCUCGAAGCGGUCGUUGCUUAUAUUCACGUGUUUUUGCGGUAAAUCUUUGUGUUUUUAAAUUACACCGGUCGGCAGUCAGAUGCACAUACUGACAUAAUGCAACAGAGCUGCGUGGAUUAUCUAGAUCCAGUAUGAUUCAGUUCAUUUAGACGGGUAGUUCAUCGCACAGUUCGCUCGUAGUUAGCAGUCGUGCAUCUGUUUACUUGAGCAACAGACAGUUACAAAUAAAUAUAUCGCUUUCGGUUGAAUACAGAGGGAGAGUUGAAAUCUGCUGCUGAUCAUGUCUUUGGCAGGAGCUCUGUGGUUUGCCGUGCAAGACGAUUUAUUCAGUGCGUGUAACGACACAACAACAUCCAGCAACAGCAGCUCAACACAAGACAAGCAUCCCGUCCAAAGCAGCAUCAGCACCGGUUUCAGUGAGCCCAUCCCCGCCUCUGACACACACACACUCCUGGACCGCCUUGACGACCGCUUUCUGUCCCAGUGUUUUCAUCUCAACCGGCAGUGUCUGCGCUUCAUCAUCGAUUACAUCCAGGCCCGUUUAAAGAAAGACGUGUUUGCAGCAUCCCACAAUCUGAGCUCGUCAGAAGCCAAGAUUCUCGCCACACUUUCCUUUUACGCGCACGGAUCUCUGCCCUGUAAAGUGACCGAUCGGCUGGGGAUCGAUCAAACAUCCGCCGGCGAGGCGGUGAAGAGCCUCACCAAACUCCUAUCGAACAUGAGCCCUGACUUCAUCACCUUCCCGUACAGUUAUAAUGACCGCAUGGGAGCCGCGCAGGCCUUCAAAAACAUCAGCGGCAUCCCGCACGUGGUGGGCGUGUUGGGCUACCUGCACGUGAAGGUGACCCCUCCGCCUGGCGAGGAGUACAUGUAUGUGAACACGCUGGGCUAUCACUCGGUCAUGAUGCAGGUGAUCUUCGAUGUUGACGGGAAUCUGUUGAGUGUCGAGCAGUGCUGGCCGGGAGGAACUCCUGAAGACAGUGUUUGGGCGAGCUCGGACAUCGGCAAACAAUUUAGCACAUUUCGACACGGCCAUACGUGGGUUUUAGGUGGCAGAGGUAUGUUUGGUGGUGGGCAUGUGUUGACCCCUGUUGAUACCUCUCGCCUUAAAACCAAUGCCGCACAGAGAUUUAACAAAGCGCACACGCAGGUGUACGGCCGCAUGCAGCAGGUGUUUGGCAGUCUGAAGAGUCGUUUCCAGUGUCUGCGUGACUUUGGCUCCAUUCAGACUCUGGAGUCGGUGGCCUGCACCAUCACUGCCUGCUGCGUUCUGCACAACAUCUCCAAGAAGUUCUCCGUGCAGUUACCCUGGGAUUUCACUGUAGAGCCGAUGCACCCGCCGUCAGAGGUCAUCUACACAGCAGAGCCGCCGUACAAUUACAUGCAAGAAACUAAAGACGAGAUGAUAGGAAUGUUUUUUGCUAGUGCAGAAGACGACUGAGAUGUGCAUGGAGAGACCGAGAAUAACACAUGCAAAAUAAUUGGACUGACUUGUUCUGUCUUCGCAGUUGAAUUGGAAACAUUUUACAAUAAGGUUGAAUAUGUUCGUGAAAGGGAUAGUUCACUCAAAAAUCAUUAAAGAAUUUUCUUUUUUGGGUAAACUAUUCCUUUAACGCCGUAGUGAACAUGAACUAACAAUAAAUAAUACUUUUACUCCAUUUAUUAAUCUUGGUUAAUGUUACUUUACUGAUACAUUUGUAACAUUAAAAGUUGUAUGUUCGCAUUAGUUAAUGCAUUGUAAACUAACAUGAAUUAACAGCAUUACAUUUAUAAAUUAACAUUAAUCAAGAUGGUUCAAUAAUCAAUAAAUGCUGUAAAAUUUGAUACUUGUCCAUGAUAUGAUUACCAAUGCAUUAACCAGUAUUAACAAAUGAAACCUUAUUGUGAAGUGUUUCCAUUGAAGUAGUUAUAUUUAUAGAAAGGAACAAGAAACCAGAAUGUACAGUAUAUCAGCUUGGACAGUGGACUCCAUCAAAUGAAAUGAACACAUACAAAUGCAUGCCGAUGCCAGUUUAUUAUUCAUUUACAUAAGCUUUAUUCAGUGAAAUCACUAAUUGAUCAGAAGUUAAUACAAAGUCAUUAUCAUUUGUCAACGAAUGAUGCAAAUAAAAACAAAAUGUUUAUCUAGUAAUCUAUGGAAGGCUUUGACCUGAACUCACAUUAUUAUAUAACUCUUACAAAAAAGUAUUGUAAUGGUACCAUGGUACAGUGAUGAUAUGUCCAUGGACUUUUUUUAAUCAUCACGAUUUUAGUUUAAAAUUUCUGAAGGGAAAAUGUAUGUUUUAGGUGUAGUGACUGGUCACCAUUUCCUUUUAGGUUUUUCACCAAUUUUUAAACACAUUUUGUUUUCACUUGUUCAUUUCAUAUGGUCCUGUGAUGCGACUAGUGAAUUAGUGUUAUUUUUUAUUUUUUAUUAUUGAUAAAUAUGAUUAAAUUAUUUAGAAUUUUUUAUUAAUUAUUAUUAUUAAGAUGUGCCAUGUAGUCUCAAAUAUGAGGUCGUAAAUGCUGCAUGCACAAUAUUCUGCAAAAAAUACCAUUGCAGAAUAUUACAUACUGUGUAUAUUUACACUGUAUGUAUACAGUAUAUUAUAAUAUUUAUACAUUGAUAUAUUACAGUUAAAUAAAAAAUGUUUCAGAUGGAGUAUAGCAUGUCAAACCGCAGGACCACAUGUUAACUUCCCAAAAGUAUGUCAACUACUCUUAUAACAUGGUACUGAAUGAUUACUAGAUUCAUAUAUCAUGGUUAUUACAAGGUAUUCCAAGGUAAGAAUAUCAUGGUAUUAACAUGGUUCGUGGCAAAAAAACAAACAAACUGGUAUUAGUACUGAACCAUUUCCAAAACAAAAAAGCAAAAAAAAAAAAAACAUUUGGAUGGUAACACCUUGGUACUUUGUUGAAAGUUGUACAUGUGUUUUUCAUAGUCCUUGAUGUGUAGUUUUGAUCAACAUAAUAUAUUGUAAUUCAGAAUUCAAGCAGCUGCAGUAUGUGUACUGUGUUUCCAGUAGAUGAAUUCAGAGUUUCCAUUAAGUGGUAAGCAGAUGCUUUCGUAUAAAGUGACUUUCAAUACAGUGCAAGAAAUCACAUUACUGGUGAAUACCUGGACAGACAACACACAACAUGAUUUACCCAAGUACAACAUGUUCUCAUUAGGAUUAAAAUUGUAAGGAACUGAACAAUUUUGAUGCCACUUAAUGAUUCUGAUUCCCUUAACGGUUCCAUUAAUGAUUCUUUUAGUUCUUUUUAGGAAGAAUUAUUUGAAAAGAAGGAUUGUAAUUGCUCUGACAGAUAUAUAAGUGUAAUGAUUUAAUAAAGAGCCAACACUAAAGAGUCAUUCAUUCAGGAACCACACUUCACUGGUCAAGUUGUAUGUUUUUGAUUCUCUUAAAAGGACCGACUCAUAAGAGUCAUUCAUUCAGGAAUCAGACAACAAUGGAUACGCUUAAUUUCAAUGCUGUAGAUUCAAAAGAAUCGGCUCAUAAGAAUCAUUGGUUCGGGAAACAAACUACAAUGCAUUGAAUCAAAACAUUGAUCAGCUGUCUUGUUGGUGGCUGCUUUCCAGCACUCAUGCCAAUGUGCUUACUUGCAAGAAGAGCACUCGUGACUGAGUGAACGGUUAAA